UGAUAAGAGAGCGCCUGGCACUUUCAUCUGAAGCCAAAAAGGACAUCCCGUGUCAGGCACGUGACGGCGCACAUUAGCAGAGCUCCAUCUGAUAAAGGACGGCAAAACAUCACCACACUCUCUCUCUCUCUGGUCUUUCCACUUCAUCAUCCCCACCCAAAAAAAUCUCAGUGACCGUUCUUAUAAAAAACCGAAGCAUUUUUUCUAGGGUUUUGUCGGUCGCUCUCAUCCAUCUAAGCUCUCGACCUUUUCCGGCCAUGGCGACGUCCGUCGGAGCGGCGAACGCCGCCGUCUUCAAGGAUCCCAAGAUUCAGACUCAGAUUCAGACUUUCAAAGCAUUCAAGCCUUGGACUGCUCUUCCUGUAACUACUUCACGCUCACGCCCACGCUCGUCUCCUUCAGUCAUCAGAGCUGUUUCCACGCCAGUAAAGCCUGACACCACUACCUCUGAGCCUAAGCGUAGUAAGGUUGAAAUAUUCAAAGAACAAAGUAACUUCAUCAGAUACCCUCUUAAUGAGGAGCUGUUAACAGAUGCCCCGAAUAUAAAUGAGGCUGCUACGCAAUUGAUUAAGUUCCAUGGAAGCUAUCAACAGGCUAACAGAGAUGAACGUGGUCCAAAGUCGUACUCAUUUAUGCUUCGGACCAAGAACCCUUGUGGAAAAGUCCCUAAUAAGCUCUACUUAGCCAUGGAUGAUCUUGCUGAUGAAUUUGGAAUUGGAACACUUCGCUUAACCACCAGACAAACUUUUCAACUCCAUGGGGUUUUGAAGAAGGACCUAAAGACAGUAAUGAGCACCAUCAUUAGAAGCAUGGGUUCAACUCUUGGGGCCUGUGGUGAUCUCAACAGGAAUGUUCUUGCUCCUGCUGCUCCAUUUGCAAGAAAAGAUUACCUGUUUGCCCAGGAAACGGCAGAUAACAUUGCUGCACUCCUAACUCCACAGUCAGGUUUUUACUAUGAUAUGUGGGUGGAUGGAGAGAGACUUAUGUCAGCAGAACCUCCUGAAGUCACGAGGGCCCGCAACGACAAUUCUCAUGGAACCAAUUUCCUUGACUCACCCGAGCCCAUUUAUGGAACUCAGUUCUUGCCCCGGAAGUUCAAAGUUGCAGUUACUGUGCCAACAGAUAACUCGGUGGAUAUUUUCACAAAUGAUGUUGGUGUUGUUGUUGUUUCUGAUGCUAAUGGAGAGCCUCUGGGUUUCAAUAUCUAUGUUGGUGGUGGUAUGGGAAGAACACAUAGAUUGGAGACCACUUUCCCACGUCUGUCAGAGUCAUUGGGAUUUGUACGAAAAGAAGAUAUACUGUAUGCAGUGAAAGCUAUUGUUGUUACCCAACGGGAAAAUGGGAGAAGAGAUGAUCGUAAGUAUAGUAGAAUGAAAUAUUUGAUCGACUCUUGGGGGAUUGAGAAGUUCAGAAGUGUUGUCGAGCAAUACUAUGGAAAGAAAUUUGAGCCUAUACAUGAGUUACCAGAGUGGGAAUUUAAAAGUUAUUUGGGAUGGCAUGAGCAGGGUGAUGGUGGUUUAUUUUGUGGGCUUCAUGUUGAUAAUGGUCGUAUUGGGGGAAAAAUGAAGAAGACAUUAAGGGAGGUAAUUGAGAAGUAUAACUUGGAUGUGCGUCUCACACCAAACCAGAACAUUAUCUUGUGCAAUAUUCGCAGUGCAUGGAAACGCCCUAUCACUACUGCUCUUGCCCAGGCAGGUCUGCUGCAUCCAAGGUAUGUAGAUCCCCUUAACUUAACGGCAAUGGCAUGCCCAGCUCUACCACUGUGCCCUCUUGCAAUAACUGAAGCUGAGCGGGGAAUACCUGACCUCCUCAAGCGGGUUCGAGCUGUAUUUGAAAAGGUUGGUCUCAAGUACAAUGAAUCUGUGGUUAUUCGGGUAACUGGCUGCCCUAAUGGUUGUGCGAGACCUUACAUGGCCGAACUUGGACUUGUCGGUGAUGGUCCCAACAGCUAUCAGAUCUGGCUCGGGGGAACACCCAAUCAAACCUCAUUGGCGAGAACCUUCAUGAAUAAAGUUAAGAUUCAAGACCUUGAGAAGGUUUUUGAACCUUUGUUCUAUUACUGGAAACGCAAGAGACAAACUAAGGAAUCAUUCGGCAACUUCACCAACCGCAUGGGAUUUGAGAAACUUCAAGAGUUGGUUGACAAAUGGGAAGGUCCAGUGAUGUCUCCAUCUCGGUUCAACCUGAAGCUUUUUGCUGACAAGGAGACAUAUGAAGCCGUGGAUGCACUUGCAAAGCUCCAGAACAAGAAUGCCCAUCAGUUAGCCAUGGAAGUAAUUCGCAAUUUUGUUGCUGCCCAGCAAAAUGGCAAAGGUGAAUGAGUUGGCGAUGGUAGUGGUUCAAAAAUAUGACAGCCCAGGGAAGUGUUUGACAAGCAGAAAAAUAUUGAAGGUGGAUGAGGAUAUAUAUCUCUCUUGGCAUGGUUACUAGACUGUAACAGCCAAAAUAAAAGAGGAGACUGAAGUUUUUCCAAAAUAAGUGGAUACUUGAGAGUUUUCUCUAAAUUUUAUUUAUGUUCAUCUUUUUGUACUGUAGUUUUGCAGGAGUGGAUUGUUUACAAGGAUAUGGUUCCUGUAGUCGAUUUAUCCAAGUUUUGCAAGGGUAGUUUCUCGGUUCUCA